AUGGCACAAUUACGAGGGCGCAAACUUCUGACCUGCUUCUACUGCGGAAAGCGCUCCUCGACGCGCUACGACGGCUUCAUUCGCGAGUUCCUCUGUCUGCAUUGCGAUGCGACCAACUACCUGGACGAGCAUGGCGACAUCACCGAUCCCCCCGUCGCGAAGACGACGUCUACACCAGCCCCGACGACCUAUGCGAUACCGCGGUCACAGUCGCCCGACUUCUCCAGCCCCUCACAAAGCAUCUUCUGCGCGACGUGCCUGAAGAACCAGCACCUGUUCACAAGCUCCCUAGCGCAGUACCUUCCCGACGAUCCAGAUCACCCCGAAUAUGCGGAACUUGAGAGGAAUAUGUACAAAUUCCGGAGGGGCCUCGAGCAACGGUACCCCCAGAUUUGCGCCGAAUGCGAACCGAAAGUCCACGCCAGGCUGGACCAGGCCGGCUACACGGCGCGGACGGAUCACUUGCGACGGAUGAUGGACAGAAGUCGACAGAAUCGCACAGUCAAGAAGACUACGCCGUUAGAUGUAUCAGCGAAGGCUGGGAGGUGGCUUUGGCUGGGCGGGAUUGUGUGUCAGUACAUAUGGCAUCUCGCGUCCCUUGCGGCUGUCUUCGCAGGCCAGGACGAAGGACCUCUCCGAGAUCCUGACGCAGAGUCAACAUGGAUUCAGAGGCUAUCUCUGGCGCUGACACUGGUCCUGCCCAGACCUGAGAGACUGAUUUACUGGAGUCUCUGGGCGAAUGGGCUGAGCGUGUGGUGGAAUCCCAAGUUCGCGCAGGUCUUCCGUGGCUUUUCUCGCCAUAUCCUGGGGUUGGGCCAGUGGUACACAUUCCAGGGCCUGAUUCUAUUUACGCGAUUUAUGGCGAUGAAGAUGACAGAGAUGAAGGGUGGUCGUUCGACAGAGGAGAGCGCACAGAUGAGCCUUCACGGGCUGAUGGCGUUGUUGAUGAUGGCGAUCUAUGUCCUCGCACAACGAUCAGUCCGUAUCGAUACGACUCCUCUAUUCCAGACGACCUCCUCAGCAACAGGCACACCAGCAACAGGAACGCCAGCGUCAUCCCCACCCAGACCGCGAACGCAACGCAAGGAGGAGGGUACCAAAACCAUGUCGAACCUGCUUGACGAUAUUCUGGCAGAGUCAAGUUCGGGACCAGGCAUCCCUCCGAGUCCAACAAGCGUCGGCUCCAGCUCGCCAGCGCUCUUCCAGCGGGAGCUGCAGCAUAGGGUGAGCAACCGCAGCUUUGGAUUUGGCACCCCUGAACCGCAGGUGCCGCAGUCUCAGGUGCAAUACUCGGAGGAAAUGGACUGGUCGCCUACACAAUCCAAACACCGAGCUUUCAACGACUUUGGACCUCCAAAGGCGCCGAACCAGGUAUUCGGGCAGCCUGAGCAAGGUCCAAAUUCAAGCCCGUUUUGGUACAAGGUGCCUCCCGCGCCGAUCGCCCCCGCACAGCGCCUUCGCAACGGGCCAAAACCGCUCUUGACGAAACCGGCUGAGAGGAAGUCCAUCUUCGCGACGAGUAGCAUGCAAGGGGCCAAGUCAUCGUCAGGUGCCCAGAAGGAGGGUCUACAGGACGUGGCAUUUGCGCAGCCCACGUUCUUCGCGCCCUCGGCGUCCAACCCUACCGAUCCGCGCAGCUCACUCGCCGAUCUUCUCAACACAAGCUUCAGCCUCAGCCAAGACGAUGAGGACCAAGACGUUCACGGCAACGUUCAAUCAAGAAAUCGCAAAGCUCAGGCAGCGAACGCGGGGUCGCUGGCGAGGAGUGCCAGGCUACGGAACAGCCGCCUGCUGGACGUUUUCACCUUGGCGAUCCUCCUCGCCGCGUGGCUCCACGCGACGUCUGCGUCAUAUCCGUAUAGCCGGGACGUGAUGCUCGGCGCGAUGAUGCUGACGAUGGCUACUGCCAUCCACCUGACGGGGGACGCGAUCAGAACGAUGCGCCGCGAGCCGACGCCCAGCUGGGCCUCCAUCAUCAAUACGUCGCUGGGCAUCGGCGAGCUGGCCGUGGCGUGUCACUUUGCGCUGCAGAUUUGGGACAGUCGCAUGUCAGGGCCGACGUCGAGCCUCCCCGGCGCCGCGGUCAUUGGCGGGAUGCUGGUUCACGAGUUGUGGAACGCGGCAUGCUGA